AUGGCGCCUCGUGGCCGUGGGAAGUUUUCCAAGCCUUCGCGAGGAGGUGGGAAACACUUUAGUCGCGAUGUUCAACCAGUCGACAAGCACGGUAAUCCCGUCGGUCUAUGGAGAGAGGAGGGGGAGGAGAAGGAGGAGGAGGAAGUGUCCGAAUCAGAAGAAGAAUCUUCAAAGGAAGACGCUAAACCUGGAUCUAGCUCUCCCGCAGCCGCAGAGAUGACUCGUGAGGAGCGCCGGGCAGCAGCCAAAGCCAAGAAGCAAGCUGCUAUAGCGAAACGGAAUCAAGUUCAGCCUGGCGAUCUACCACCGUCUGAUUCGGAGUCAGAAGUUAGCGGGGUUAGUGAGGGAGAUGAAGAGCUGCCCUCAAAUCCGAAUCACACGGCCAAGUCUCGCUCGCAACUGAAGGAUUCAAACCCGGACAAAGACAUGUCACAGUUGUCGAGGAGAGAGCGCGAAGCCAUUGAGGCUCAGCAGGAGCGUGAACGUUAUCUGAAGCUGCACGCGGAGGGUAAAACAGAGGAGGCCCGUGCAGAUCUGGCUCGUCUGGCUAUCAUUCGGGAGCGACGAGAGGCAGAAAGGUUACGGAAGGAGGCCGAGAAAGAAGAGAAGGCAGAGCUAGCCAAGCAACGGGCUGCAGAGAUAGAGGCAAAGCUGAACGCGAAGAAGAAAGGUGGUUCAAAGAAAAAGUAA